AUGGCUGCUGCCAGUGCUGAAAAUGGGGCCAAUGGGCCCACGUCGAUGGACGCUGUUCUUUUGGGGUUGGGUGCUCGGCUGCACCUGGAUCGUGUGAAGGCACAGGAACAGCUCAGCAGGGGCUUGGAUACUGAGAGCUGGGCGGACGAUCCCAAAACUCAAGCUGCACUGGUGGAGGCAGUGCGAAAAUUGAUGCAGUCGGAGACCCCUGAGUGUCGCUUGGGCGGCCUGCAAGCUGCUGGGCUCCUCCUGCCCUACGUUGCCCCCUCAGAGUUUGAUGACUUCGUGCUGAGCGGCUGCUGGGACAUGCUGGAGGACCCUGAGGUCCGCAUCCGCUUGGCGGUGGGCGACUGCCUUGGGGCGUUGGUGAAGAAGGCUGGUGUCUCUGUUUAUAACAGAAUCGGCUCUGUCAUUGUGAAGAGCAUCCGGGACCACCUCGACAGGGAGAAUGAGGGAGGGGAGGAGGGCGUCGACGAUCGUGGCCUGUGUUCGCCCAGGUUUGGAUUCAACUUGGAUGGGGGCAACCAGCCAGGAACGGGGUCGUUUAGGCAUGACACGGAAGGCUGGAAGUGCCUGGAGACAUCCUUCAAAGCGCUGCAGAAGGUCAUGGGUGGGUGCGGCCGUUCGUUCGCACCCCUUAUGACACCAGACUUGAGGGAUCUCCUGUACUUGGGCCUGGGGCACUUCAACCGCUUUGUGCGCGAGACUGGGUUCCUCUGCCUGGGCACGAUGUGCGAGAUGCUUGGCCCUGAGGGGCUGGGGGACAUAAAGAGCGAGGUGGCACAAAAACUGGCGAAAGGGCUUGCGGACAAUUGGAGCCAGGUCAGGUACGCAGCCUCGAUCGCUACCAGAACAUUCCUGGAGGUGCUGGGCUCCAGGAGAGAAGAGGUGUAUGCAGACAUCCUCCCGCAGAUGUGCCUGAAUCGGUACUACGUCGCUGAGGGGGUGAAGCUGUACUCCCAGCAGACAUGGCGCCUCAUGGUGUCCGACCAUGGCCGCGAGUGGGUGCAGAGGCUCAUGCCGCACUUCGUGGACUACUACAUCCGCCAGUGUGGCGCCAACAACCAUGCGGUGAGGGAGGCGGCAUGUGCCUGCAUCGCAGAGCUAAUGAUGAAGAUUGGCAGGGAGGCUGUGGGGCCCUAUGUGCCAAGGCUGCUGCUGGCCCUGGUAGACUGCUUUAAAGAUGCAAGCUGGCCUGUUAGGGACGCUGCCUGCACAGCAUGUGGGAACUGUGUAUCAGUGUUCCCUGAAGAAUCUAGGGUGGUUUUAGAUGAGCUGUAUGACCUGUGGUUCGCCCACCUGUGGGACAACAUUGGCUCUGUGCGAGAGAAUACAGCCAUCGCACUGGGGAAGGCGGUGCAGGCAUAUGGGGAGGAGGCUCUCUCGCGGCUGUUGCCCGUCUUGAAGGAGCGGCUGGCAAAGGCCAAGGAGCAGCCAGAGCACUCCAGCCAGUUCUCUGACCUGGAGAACACAACAACGUUUGGUGUGGCAGGACGGCGGGUACCGGACGCCCACGUCACCGAUCAGCAGAUGUUCUCAUGUGGCUCGCUGGCACCGAAGCUGGCGAGGGGAGGUGGUUGCAUGGAUCAUGGCUUCAAACGGGAAAAGCAGCCAUGGGAAGCAUCAGACGGGGCUGUGUACCUUGUCCGGGAGCUGUCAGCCGUGGUGCCAUCCACUGCGGCGGAGUGCAUGCCAGCUCUGGCAGAUCUGUCCAGGCUGGGGGGCUUCAUGCACUGCGCUCAUCUGCAUGAGACAGUGUGGAAGGCUGUGCCCACGAUUGCUGCAAACAUGGGCAAGCGCGCUUUCAAGCCGCACCUGGCUGACCUGCUGGACAGCAUGUUCCUGUCACUGAAAGCUGACAACCAGCUGGAAGCAGUUGCUGCUGGGGAAGCCAUCGGGGCAGUGCGGGACAUGCUGGGGCCUAACAUCUUCCGGGGCAGGCUGACAGACGAGCAGUGCCAAAUGCUGGACACCAACCACAAUGUGCCCCCCGCUGGCACUCGCAGCAAUCUGGCUGCCAGACGCAACCCUGCCCCUGUGCACUGA